CGCAUUGGUGUCAGUGGAACGAGCCAUGCUGAUGUCAGAGGUUUGCUUCCCCACGCAGCUCAACAUGGUGGGAGGAUCUCUGUGCAUUGAGUCACGCAGCUGUCAAAGAUAGCUGUCACCCACUUCCACGAUCAAACACACACUGAGUCAACGAGGAAAGGGGCUUUGAGAGCAGAAAGGACGGAGAGGUCUCAGGUAAACCCCCAAGGCUAUCGCUUUUUCUCUUUUUUUUUUUUAAUAAAGCCUCCCUAAAAGGACCUGAGAAAAAAGGAAAUAAACAUUUUCUAUUUUUAUUUUAUUUUUUUAAAGAAACUUGAUGAAUAAGGAUUUCUUUCCCUGGGAUACACGCUGAACGGAGGAAAAGAGACAUAAGUGGGCUUUUUUUCCCUAGCAGAGAUGAAGACGAAAAAGGGUCUGGCGAUGCUGUCGGGGAGCGAGACGGACGACGAGGAUAGCGUCGAUGCCCCUCUGGACCUGUCCUCUAGUGCUGGGAGCAACGGUAAACGGAAACGGAGAGGCAACCUGCCCAAAGAGUCAGUCCAGAUCCUCAGGGAUUGGCUGUAUGAGCACCGUUACAAUGCUUACCCCUCAGAGCAGGAGAAGGCCCUUCUCUCCAAACAAACUCAGCUCUCCACGUUGCAGGUGUGUAACUGGUUCAUCAAUGCACGGCGGCGGCUCCUCCCAGAGAUGCUGAGAAAAGAUGGAAAAGACCCCAACCAGUUCACCAUCUCCAGGAAAGGCAGCAAAACGAGUGAUAGUUUCUCAGACAGCUCCCAGUCCCCAAAACAUAGCAGUCCCGCUGCGGUCGCCGAGGAGGCUUGCGACAAACGCAUCCUCCACCCCUCCAGCUUUGAUCCCAGCAUUCCCAGUGUCCUGAGGAAGCCUGUGUCUCCCUCAGUGUCCUCUCCGGUCUCCUCGUCUCCCUCUCUUGGCCUCAUUCCAAAUCGUCCCUCUGUCAUCUGUCACACCACUGUCACCACAGCCAUGCAGGCCAGCCCGACAGCCUCCCACCCUUCACUGCCAGGGAUGAACUGUGACAGGGCGGCCGAGCUGCUGCAGUCCAUGCCGGCUCAAGCCGCGUUCCGCUGCCGGGAUGAAGGGCCACUAAGCGCCACCACCACCAUCCUUGGCACCAGCAUGGAAGGCAACCUAAGCCCCCGCAGCGGUCUGUUCAACACCCCUCCCCCAACCCCUCCAGACCUCACACAGGACUUCAGCGGCUUUCAGCUCCUGGUGGACGUGGCUCUUAAACGGGCUGCAGAGAUGGAGCUGCAGGCCAAGCAGCUGGUGUCCUAAAGGAGGGAAAGGAGACUGACUUUGAGUCUCCAAUGUGGAUUUUCUUUUCUGCACGCAAGAGAGAACAAACCUACACAAAAGGCUGAUCAUUUCUACUUUUGGUAUACCAGUCGACAUGAUGAGGAUGUAUUUGUUUUUUUGUUGUUUUUUUUCUAAAGACUCUAUCAAGGUGCCUUGGCUGUAAGUUUAGUCAUUUCAUAUACUUGCAUAUGUAUCUACAUGUGUAUUUUAUUUGCACACAAUGACCAAAAACCUUAUCAAAGAAAUGCUGCCUAUCUUUAUGUCUUUGACGUGUACCGAAUAUUGAGGUAGAGGGAUGAGGCAAGAGUUGGGUGAUUCAGAUGGGCUGCGUCCACACACUUUGACGGUUAAAAACAUUUCAGAGUUCCUGAUUUGCUCUGCCUCGUUUGUUUGCACACUAAAGGCAGAAAAAAAAGGUCAUCUCAUUGUCUUACACUUUGCUCUUGGCAUCCAUCAAUGAAAAAAAAACGUAUUCACUACUGUAGUUAAUGUUUAACUGUUUUCAUACGUAUAGUUAUGAUUUUGUCAUUUACUUUUAGCUAUUUUAAAACCAACUGUUUUUCUUUAUAAUCGUAUUUUCAUACCAAGGGAUGUUUUCAGAUGUCAAAUGUAGCAGGUUCUUAGACUGAGCCUUUACCCCCCCCACCAUCACUCAGAGGAAAAUGAUGGCCAGUGGACUGUAUAACUAUAAACACUACAUAUUUGCCGUUAAACAAACUGAAAAAGAUACAUUUUCUUUCUUUUGAAAUCACCAAAAACAAGCAUUUGCUUGCUUCUAAUAGGAUCAUGUGUACAGUUAAUGUGACACACUGCCACAUGAUGUGAUUUCUUUUUCAUACUGUGCAAUGUUUGUGACAAGAUGCCGUCACAUGGGAUUCAAAUAAAGUUUUGUUUUUUUCUA